AUGACACAAACCCAAACCCCCAACCGCGUCUUCAACCACGUCGCCGUUUCCGUGGCAGACUGCAAGGCCGCCGUAGCCUGGUACAGCAAAGUCUUCGGCUUCGAGCUCGUUGGAAACCAAAUCCACCACAUUGCAAGGAGUGAGCGGCCCACAGACCCAAUCUUCAGCAUCUACCCAGCCUCCCUGCAAGAGGUCAACAUGGCUUACAUGUCGACCGGCAACGGGGUGGGCUUUGAGAUCUUCGAGUUCAUUCACCCCAAGACAUUCGUCCCGCAACAGGAAGGCGGGUUUGAGUACUACCGGGGCGGGUGGGUUCUUCCAUGUCUACGUGACGGAUUUGGAGCCUGA